AUGCCUGAUAGUUCAGAUCUAGCGGAACAUAUGAGUGCCAUCGAUGCUGCUCUAACAAGAAUGGAGACUCUGAAGAUGAAGAGUCCCGCUUGCUCGAAUGUUUACCGCAUUCUUCGUUGCCUUCGAUCAUAUCUCAAGAAGCGAGAGCCUGAGCUGACAGUCCUGCCGGAGGAUCUUGAACUCAGGUUUGAGGACUGGGCGAAUAACGUUGACUGGUUCAGACCAGACGCAAUUGAUUGGGCCGUCUGGGAUCAAUACAUAACACCCCAGAGCGAUUAUCCUGAAAACAUUAUGAGUUGA